CAGAAGCUAUGCAUUCAGCUGCUGCAGCACUCGCCAUGUCUCUGCUCCUCUCCCUACUGUUGCUUCUGCAGCUACCUGCAGUUGCAUCUGCUGUGCCUGUCAGCAGAUGCCCGACAAGAUGCGGCGACGUGGAGAUCCCUUACCCCUUCGGCAUCGGCGCUAACUGUUCCAUAGGAGGAGGUUUCAAUCUAACCUGCAACACCAUGGAAAGUGGCCUCAAGAAGCCAUUCUAUGGUCAUCUUGAGGUCCUCAGGAUUUCGUUGACGAUGGGCUACGUGCGCAUGCUCAACCGCAUAAUCUCGCAGUGUAACGAGCCUUUACAAAGGGCCCCUAAAAUGGGUCGAGGAGCCUUGAAUGUUGGAAGGGAUGAUGGCCCAUAUAGGUUCUCAGAUCUCCGCAACAAGUUCACUGUCAUCGGCUGUGAUACCCUUGCCUACAUCCAAGACAACCAUGGGAACAAUAGCUACGCCAGUGGCUGUGCGGCCAUCUGCCGGGAUGAAUGGAGCAUCGGCGCCGAUGGCUCCUGCUCCGGACUCGGUUGCUGCCAGACUUCCAUACCCAAGAAUCUCACACAGUAUACUGUCAAGUUUGAAAGCCGUUCCGACAACUCGGAUACUUGGAGAUUUAGCAAUUGCAGCUACGCCGUCUUGUUGGAGGCCGAGUGGUUCCGGUUUCAGACGUCUUACAUCACCACGAACCAAUUCAUGCAAAUUAACGACGGCUGGGUGCCGGUGGUUAUGGACUGGGCCAUCGGCAGCGAGACGUGCGAGGUAGCUAAGCGCAACCUAACCAGCUCUUAUGUCUGCGUCAGUGCUCACAGCGACUGUGUCGACUCCUCCAAUGGUCCUGGUUAUCUCUGCAACUGUUCCGAGGGAUACCAAGGCAAUCCUUACGUCUCCGACGGAUGCCAAGACGUCGACGAAUGCAAUCUGCAACCAAAUCCAUGCCCAAAUGGCAUCUGCCAUAACCUGCCAGGUAAUUAUAGUUGUGACUGCCCCGAAGGCAAGCACGGUGACGCUUACAAUGGAACAUGCACCCCAAAUCAGAAGCUUUCCUUGGCGGUGAAAGCGGCUAUAGGCACCUCCAUCAGCUUGACUUUCUUACUAGUAUUUGGCAUGUGCAUCUGUAUGAUUUAUCAGAGAAGAAAACUUGUCCAGUCCAGGAAAAGAUAUUUCAGUGAACAUGGGGGCAUGCAAUUACUAGAAGAGAUGAGAAAAUUAAGUCUUGCAUUUAGGAUCUUUUCAAAAGAAGAAUUAGAGAAGGCGAUAAAUAGAGUUGAUAAGAACAACAGAAUUCUUGGGCAAGGCAGAUAUGGAAUUGUUUACAAAGGAGAUAUAGGAGACAAUCAGUUUGUUGCCAUAAAGCAGCCAAAGGUUAUAAAUGAGAGACAAAAGAAAGAAUUUGGAAAGGAAAUGCUUAUUCUUUCCCAAGUAAAUCAUAAGAACAUAGUCAAGCUCUUGGGCUGUUGUUUGGAAGUGGAGGUUCCCAUGUUGGUCUACGAGUUUGUCCCUAAUGGUAACUUGUUUGAACUAAUCCACAGCAGAAACAUAGAUAACCUCCCUUUAGCUGUGCGUUUAAACAUUGCUCGUGAUUCUGCUGAUGCUCUUGCUUAUUUACACUAUUCGGCUUCGCCUCCAAUCAUUCAUGGAGACGUGAAGUCUGCCAACAUCCUCCUACAUGAAAAUUUCACUGCCAAAGUUUCUGAUUUCGGAGCUUCAAGGCUAAAUCCCAAGGAUGAAGACCAGUUUGCUACUUUGGUUCAAGGGACCUGCGGUUACUUAGACCCCGAGUACCUUCAAACAUGCAAAUUAACUGAAAAAAGUGAUGUUUAUAGCUUUGGUGUAGUGCUAUUAGAAAUACUGACACGUAAGAAGGCAAUUUUUUUUGAAGAAAAUGGAGAAGAAACGAGCCUUGCAUCAAGCUUCAUUUCGGCCAGGAAAGAGGAUCGACUUGAGGAACUCUUGGAUAAUCAAGUGACGAGUGAAGGAGAUGCAGAGCUGAUUGAAAGGAUUGGUGAACUGGCAGUGCAGUGCUUGAGUGUAAGGGGAGAAGAGAGACCUACUAUGAGGGAUGUGGCCGACCAGCUAAACAACAUGAGAAAGUUCCAUCCUGUUCCAUGGACACCACCAAAUGCUGAGGACAUUGAGAGUUUCUUUCCUGUUCCAUCAGAUACUCAAACGUCUACCGGUAACACUAGUCAUAUUCAAGAGGUUGCGUUGCUCAUUGAAUGUGCAAGGUAAAGAAACGGUCCCUAAAGUUGUCAUCUCAAGUGUUCCUCCCAAGUUGGACUAUCGUUCUUGCAAUUAAGUCUUCUAGUGAGUGUUAUGCUUGUUUACUAAUUAUUCAGCAGUAAGAGAAAGAAGUGUCUGCUAUGGUUCAAAUCCAAGAAUUUUCUCAGCUCCAAAAGUUUUCAGAUUUUAGAAUCAUUUGAAAGCGAUUUUAUAUCGAAUAAGAAAUAGAAUUAAAACAAAAUGAAUAAAUUUGAAUAAUCCAACCCAAGUCAUGCCCGACUUGGGUUGUAUCAGAC